AUGGCUGAGCAGAGUCUCAUUUCAUCUGAACAAUGGCUUCAGUUGCAUGGACUUAAGAGCAAAAAGUUGAGCUUGAAGCAGAUCUUGUCCCAGAUUGGAUUCCCACAGUGUGAAGAUUAUGUGACUUCUUUGAGGAGACUCGUGGCUUCUCGGUAUGCUGACGGCUUGUUCCCACAGUUCUACACAGCAGAAGAUGGGCGGCUUUACAACCUGACAGCAAAGUCAGAGCUGAUCUACCGGUUUGUGAAUUGUUUAACACAUGCUGUGGAGAGUUAUAAGCAGAGGAUGGACUGGCUUACCAGCAGGAGCCGGCAGAUUUUUGGUGUCAUCUUGGAACAGAGCAUCACCGUAGUACUGGAUUUCAGUGACAUUCUGAUGGAGGAGCUUAAUCUGUGCCAGGAUGCUCUGACAAUGGUCCUCCAGGAGCAAGUGGCUCUCAUCACCAGGUUCAACAUCAUAUGUGUUUCUGAAGAGCCAGUGAAAUGGCAGGAGUGUGCUACCUCUGUGACUGAAGACUCCAUUGCUGCUGCCAUCAGCUGGGUCAAGAAAAUGGUUUUUGAGCCAAUUGUGAGAGAGAUUAGCUGCCUGGAUGCUCUGCUGGAAGCUGGAAAAGACGAAACUAUUGAAGCCAUUUACUACUUUGUGGUGGGGGAUGUUCCCAAGGAGUCCCAGGAGAUUCUUCUUCAGGGGGUUUUGCAGAUUCCAUAUCCAGUCUGCACAGUGUCCUUCAAUGCCAGAGGAGAAGAAACUGUAGCUUUCCUAAAGGAUCUGAGUGCCAAGACCCACAGCAGAUUCCAUGCCUUUGCUGAGAGGACCGAGUGUCUAGAAUUCUCUGCAUUUUCCACAAAGGAUGUUGACAGCUCAAUGACUUGGAAUUCAAGGAAACUGAAAGGGAGAAUCCCUCCAGGUGCUGGUGUCAGAGAGGAUGUGUUUCUCAUUUGGAGAGAAAUGGAAGAAGCUUGCAGCACACUGGCUCAUGUCCGGAGGCUGGUGGACAAGUCUCCUCAGUCUAAUGUAUCCCCAGCAGACUACAGAGCAGUGUCUGUUGAGAGUAAGAGAAAUGCAGAAGAUAGCUGGGAUUCUCAGAAAUGGCUCCAGAAAUACGGCUUGAAGGCUCAGAAGCUGACCUUUUACGAUGUCCUCGCCGACUGCUCCUUCCGCCAUUCUGAUGGAGUUGUUGAUAUAAAAGCCAAACCAGAAGACGAGUCCGUGCAGACCAGUGCGGACAUCAAUAGGAAGACAGUCCAUGCCAAAUACUGCAGGAGAUUCAUUCAUGUCCCCUGGAAGAAUGGGAGUAUGGUCCAUGUCAUCAUUACCAAGGAGAAGUUCAAAUGGUACAGUGAGAGAAUUCACAUAGCCCUGGCCAGGAUCCAAAGGAGGAUUAAGUGGCUGCAAGACGGAAGUAGAGUCCUCUUUGGAAAAGUGAGGGGAGACUGCAUCUAUGUCCUCAUUGACACAUCCCACUCGAUGAAGAGCAAACUGGACCUGGUGAAGAAUAAGAUCAUUCAGCUCAUACAGGAACAGCUGAGAUACAAGAGUAAAUUCAAUUUUGUGACAUUUGAUGGCCAGGCAAUUGCUUGGCGGGAAAAACUCACUGAAAUCAAUGAAGAUAAUUUGGAACAGGCUGAGUCGUGGAUUAGAGACAUUAAGGUUGGAAGUUCCACAAAUACUCUGAAUGCCCUGAAAAUUGCUUUUUCUGAUAAAGAAACACAAGCCAUCUACCUUUUGACAGAUGGGAGACCUGAUCAGCCACCAGAAAUGGUGAUGGACCACGUCAAACUCUUUCAGAAUAUCCCUAUCUAUGCCAUCUCCUUCAAUUACAACGAUAAGCCUGCAAAUAAGUUCUUGAAGGAGCUUGCUUCUUUGACUGGAGGAGAGUUCCAUGCUUAUGACUUUGCCUGCAAGGAUCCCAUUCUUCAGGAUAUUCAGGAUGAAAACAUGAGCCUUUUGAUUCAGGAAGUGCAGCAGGGCUACAGCGACCUGGAGAAGAUACAGGAGCUUUACUCUGAGUCCUUAGUCAUGGAUGGGCUGCAUCAAAAGGAAAUCACCUCCAUGGUUUCAACCUCAGAAAAAUAUGCAAAUUCUCAGUCGGCUGCUGACUCAAUGAUUGUUUCACCCCCAGAUGUGUUUAAAGGACCAUGGAAGGUUUCCUAUGGAAAGACACAGAAAAAGAAAAGCCUCCAUGCAGAAGCGACCAAAACCAGCCUGCUCAGAAGCAACAUAUCCAAGAGCUGCAAUGACACGAAGGAGAGCUCCAACUCCAACGACUGCGCUCCUGCUUCUCUGAGUGACCAAGAAGUGAACAUCCUACUGAUAAAUAAGUACCUCAAUGACAAGUUGUCAGAAAGACUCACUAGAAAUGAAAGCCAACUCAGUGACCACACCUCUUCAGACAUGUCCUCUGAAAACUGGCUCCAAAACCAUAGCCUGGUGGCCAAGAAGCUCACCCUCAUGGAUGCCUUGACUGCGACGAUGGUGCCCCACAGCGCCACCUAUGUUCCCAUCCUGAAUAAGCCUGUUGCCUCCAAGGUCUUCAAAGAGGUAUCCCCUCUGGCACAUGUGGGCAGUGACACCAAUAAGAUGAUAUUGAUUAACCCCCAAGGAGCCGAACUCGAUAACUACAAGCAAAAUGUGGAACAGGCCAUUAAAUCCUAUGAAAAACGUUUAAAUAAAAUUGUCUGGCGAGCUUUAUCUCAAGAGGAAAAAGAGAAGUUGGAUGCCAUCAAGCCUAUACAAUACUUGGAAAACAAGGCAGUUUUAAACAAAGCCUUGGAACGCCUGAACUGGCCCAUUUCAUUGAAAGAGCUAUCCAUGCUGGAAAAUGAAAUCUUGGUUGGGAAAAUGUACAUCCAGCAAGCUAUGGAGCUCCAGGAGGCUGCCAUGAAGAACUACUCCAGCAAGCCUCUGGAGGAGCAGCAGAAAUUACCAGGGAGUCCAGCAAAGAAAAUCAAAUCAAGAAAAAUAGAUUCCCUCAAAGGCCAGAAGGUUAUUGCCAGAUGUGAGGAGAAUGGCUUCUAUUUUCCAGGAGUUGUGAAGAAAUCUGUGAGCCCCACUCAUGCACUAGUAGAAUUCAGGUAUGGAGAAACCAAGGCUGUACCCAUCUCCUUCAUCACACCUAUUGGGGGCGCAAUGCCCUGCCCACAACUUCAGGUUGGGGAUUAUGUAUUUGCCAAAAUCAGGACAAGCAAAGGAUUUGACUUCUAUGUCCCCGCCAUCGUCAUAGCACUUCCAAAUCAGAGUGGGUCUUCAGAAAAACACUACACAGUUUUGAAGUGUAACAACCGCAGAGAAUUUUGUACUCGGAGUGCACUUAUAAAGAUAAGCCAAAACAAGUAUGCUCUUUCUUGCUCCCAGAUAAAAUCGUGCCCACUUGAGAAGGACCAACCUGUGGAAGAAGUAGAGGCAAGUAAAUCUUCCCCCCUCUGGACAGUGACCGAAGAAGACACUGGAAAUUUGCAACAGCCAAGACAAGAGAACCUUAAAAAAAAGAAAAAGAAGCCCAAGAGGUCACUUCUCCGGGAGAUGAUGUCCUUCGAUUCAGAAGGCUCUUCUUAUGACACCAGGUCCCCGGAGUCUAACCCCAACACCUUCCCUGUGUCCAGGGUGGGGGAUUGGGAGGCACCCUGAACCUUUACAACACUUUGAAGAAUAGUGUAUGUGAGCUCAUGCCCCAGUUUCCAGGCCAGGGUAGGUCCCAGAACAACAAAACACCAA